UGCUGCUUUCAGUCGUGAGUCUAAUCUCGCCGCCUGCGCCGCCGCCUUCGCCGGACCUUGCCUCUUUGCCACCGUUUCUUGUCGCGUCGUCGUCGUCGUCGGUCGUCACUGUUGUCAUUGUUCCCCUCAAGCCACCCACCCACCACACGGCACGCACACACCCCACUCCUCAACAUUUUAUUCUCGCAACGACCACCUCGCACACCCCACUCUUCUCAAUCAGUAACAACAACAACACACAACACGCCUUAGCCCUUCCGUCGUCACCACGGCGCCUCCCACUUCCCACCCCCCUCUCACACCCCGCACACACGCCCCCACCCCCCUUUGGGCGCACUCCUCCAACAUAAAUACCACACUGCAGCGCGGGGUCCGCACGACCUUACCCCACCUCUCUUCCCUACUCCCAAAUACACCACCACCACCAUGGGCUCGCACUCAAACUUAUCCACGUCCGAGAGCUCGUCUCGCCCCUUAACCCCACUCCCGGCCUACCGCCCAGCCUCGUGCCCAGCCCCGACGGCCCCGACCCCGACGCGCAUCACUGCCAACGGACCCCUUUCCCCAGCUAGGGGGCCCACCGUCGCCGCGUCACAUGUCGUCGCUGUCGGGCGCGGGUACGGCCUCCAGGUCAUGGUCGACGCUCAAGAGUUUACGCCUGAGACGCCGGCGCUCACGCUGGGUAACUCGAGCUCGUCGCCCUCUCAUGAGGGGCUCGCCUCUGGCAGCGAGCACGAGUCGGGGGACGAUGGUGCUGCCGCCUCGUGUGUUGACUCGGCCACCUCUAUCCCCGAGCCAGUAGCACAAGUCCUCCAGCAGGCCCAGUACCUCCGCAAGCACCGCCGGAAUCGCCGCAAGCCCAUGGUCCAGCGCCUCUCUGGCCCAGCGGUCACGGCCAACCCUCCUGCCCCGGCCGUGGCCCCAACGCCUUCUCGCAUCGUUCAGCAGCACCAACACCAGCAGGCCCCGCGUCGUAGGAUCCUCCUCACUAGCGAGCAGCAGAACAUUUGGAUUGCCAAGGGCAGGUGCACCUACAACCCUGUCGGCACCUGCGCCGAGGAGACGAUCAACGGCUCGGCCUUUUGUGCCAUUCACUCGUGCCGCGCCCGGAAUGCCGACGGCGAGCUCUGCCUCAACCUCGUCGUAGACCCAGCUCAGUCGCGUUACUGCCACACGGGCUACCACACCGAGACUGAGCGUCAUCACCAUGUCACGGCCCUCGUGCGCAGGCACCAAGAGCACAACUUCCUCGAGGCAAAAGCCCGACAGGAAGACUUUGAAAAUGGGGUCGCUUUCUUCGACGCCAACUUCUUGUCGUCGGGCGCCAGCUCGCGCGCGAGCACUUCGCCGAGCCAAUCAUUCAUCGGCCUCUCAGACUUAGGCGGCCAGUAUCACACGGCCCCAACUACCCCGACCCGCAGCCACGCUCAGCUCGAACCCCGAUGGGGCGCACACAAUGACGACAAGUGGUGGGUCGGCGAGUGGACCCUCCGCUCGACCUACGCCACUGCCCACAACACGCCUCAUUGAGCCGAGCCGACAACUCUGCUCGCCCCGUCACGCUCCAUUCGCCUCCUCCUUCGGUUGUAUUCGCGACGCUCUCCACUUGGACGAGCAGCACACGCACUCGCGCACACGUACGCGCACCUUCCCCCUGUAGUAUCACCCCAUUAAUAAUCGCCACUAGCCCUGGCACCGGACACUGCACUAUAUAGCCUGCACCAUAGCCUGUAAGAGUACACACAACCGCCACACGCCUCCCGUGUUCAUGUUUAACACCACCACCACCAUAUGAUUGUAGUCUGUGAAAGAGACAAAACGCAUGCAGUAGUUCCCAUG